CACAAAAGCCAUAUGAUUUGCAGCUUGCAACCUACUAAACCCAAAGCCAGCUCACUCCUUCAAUCCCAACUUGCCUGCCAGCUCCGCCUCGCACUGACGCACUUUCCCCCUUUGUCGUCGUCCACCAUGUUCGCCGUCCUGCAGCAGCCACCGCUCUCUCCUCCUCCAAUAAUCUACAACAUAAAACAACUCCUCCCACCUUCCUUCCCCAUUCACCCCCACAAUAUGGCGUCCCCUCCUCCUCCUCCUCAACCACCUCCCUCUUCCUCUCCUCUUCCUCCUCCUCCCUCUUCAAUCAUCAAUCCCACAUUCACCGAGCAAGAAUGGCUGAAGCAGAUCGACAAGUCCAUCCAACUCGGCCCAGAAACCAUAACCCAAAACCUCUCCUCCAUCUUCAAAGUCCCCGCCUCCCUCUCCUCCGCCCAGCCCCAAUCUUACGCCCCGCAGCUCGUGGGCCUGGGCCCAUUCCACCACUUCCAACGGCGGCUCUACCAGAACGAGCCCCUCAAGCUCGCCGGCGCCGAGUUAGCCCUCAAGCGCCUCGAUUUUCCGGAUUUCCCCAAUCUCGUCCGACAAAUUGUUCCUCUGCUUCCCACCAUCCGAUGCUUCUACGACACCCACCUCGAUCUCGCCGACGAAACCCUCGCUUGGGUGCUCGCAAUCGACGCCCUAUUCGUCGUCGAGAUGCUGUACAAUCCGCAGUUUCUAUUGCCUCGGACCGCGAACUCGUUCAGCUUCUCCGAGAAGCUCCGCGCCAUCACCGGCGACAUUGUGAUGCUCGAGAGCCAGAUUCCUAUUCACUCUCUGUUUUCCCCUGAAAUUUCGACGGUUCUGGCUCCGAUGUUGGAGUCUUUCUGUAGGGUUUUAGCUCCUUUCAAGCUAGGGGAUCUGUCUGGAGAUGCUGUCAAUUUGAAGCCCAAGCACCUCCUGGAUCAUGUCUACCAGCUGAUUUUACAGGGAGAAGAUAAACCCGCGGCAGAGGCGGCCCGGAUUCCGGCAGACGGAGGCGAACCGGCGGCGGCACCGGGCGAGGGAUCUACCCAGAUCGACGUUUCGAAAUUGGACACUCUCGCCGACGAACUUUCCGAGAAAGUGGAUGAUGCUAACGAAGACAUCGGCUCUCCUUCCACUGUAACUGAUGAAAUCGAGAAGCUUGCACAAAUUCAAGUGAUCAGCACGCCGAUCAGCAGCAUCUUCAAGAUCCUGGACGUGCUGGGCUUCUCCACAAUCGUAAGCAAAGCAUUGGAAGACGAAAAGACCCUCGUCCCUUCGGCGACCGACCUCAAGAGCGUCGGGGUGAAAUUCUCUGCCACCACCGCCGGCUUAAGAAGCAUCAAUUUCAACGACUCCACCGCAGUGCUAACCCUCCCGGUGUUUCUCUGGAAACCCAGCAUCGAGAUCGUGAUCAGGAACCUCGUUGCCUACGAGUCCCUAGCCAAACCCGACUCGGCGAUCCUGACCCGGUACACGCAGAUGAUGCGGGCCAUGGUGCAGAGCAAAGAGGACGUGAAGUUGCUUAAAAAAGAGGGAAUCGUGGAAGGGAACGUCGACGACGAAGUGGUGGUGGCGCUAUUCGCCGGGAUGGUGGGAGGGUCUUCUCCGGUGGCUCCGGCGGCGGGGACGAUGACGGUUCUGGACGCGACGGUGGGGAAAGUGAACGAGUACUAUAGUGGGAAGCCAAUGGUGCUGAUGUCCAAGAUUUGUAAGCUGCUUGUGAAUGUGGGGUUGAGGGUUGUGAUGUUGGUCGGCGCCAUUGUUCUUCUGGGGAUGUUCGCGGUUCAGACUUACUGUAGUAUCUACGCUUGUGGCGGGACCGGCGGUGGGGUUGGGAUUCGGGGGUUGUUGAGAUCGCCGGUGGGACAGAGUGUUCCUUCUUCUCUUUGGUCCUCUGUAUAGCUCUGCUUGUACUCUAAUUAUUUUUGGGCAAAAUUAUAGCUCUACAUUAUAAUUGUCAUUAUUAUGUUUUUAAUAUAUGUUUAAUUAUUUUUUUAGUAGAUAUCUUUAAUUAUUUUGGUGAUGUAAUAAUGAUAAUUUUGUAAAUUCUUCUAUUUAAUGGUGAAUACGG